GCAGAGCUGAAUGUAAUGACUGUACCUUAAUGUAAAGCACUUUUCCAAGCCUGUGGUUCGGAGGAUGGACUGGCUGCAUCCGUGUCCUGAUCGUCUAGUUUAGUCUAGUUGUCAUGCUCGCACUCGCUUUUUCACACUCAACUAAACAAAAAAGGUAUUUUGCUUCAAAUAUUGAUAUCCGUAGCGGAUUUAUUUUCUUUUUAAACCACUUUAAAUAAGUGCCUAAAUUUGCUUUGUCAUGACCAGUCAAUGGAUAUUCUCUGUCCAAGAUGGUGCUCCUGUGGGGGGUGGGGGGGGACCAGUCCGUGUGAUGUGAAGAAGGUGAGAGGUAGUGGAGCGACCCCUUCCCAGUCAUGUGGAUGGUUGUUUGUCAGUAUUCUUUUGGUUCUCCGUGUUUCCUUCCGUCACAGGAAAGGACGGUCCAGUCUCAACGGCUACCUACCACUGUAACCCCAAACUGAGGGAAUAAUAAAACUAGUUAACACAAACGGGACUCUCCUCUGCUUGACUGUGUUUAGCUCCGAAAUAAACACAAGUGAUAUCGACACAAUUUAAAAAGCACUUGUGGAGUGCAAGCCUCAACGCACGAGAAGUUUCUGGAAACUGGAGCUGACACCGGAAAUGUUGGGUCUGGAGAGGAGACUUGAAAGGUCAGAGGUCAAUGAAGGUUUGCAACACACAGCAAAGAGGAGCAGAAAUGAUCAGAACUGUUCUUCACUCUGCUCCUUACUAAUCUCAGAAAUGUAAGCGGAAACACAGGCUGAAGCCAUGCGAUGUAACACUUAUGCAAUUGUAACUUGCCGAGACAUUUACAUUGUAUCAGCGAGGAUUGAAAUACACAUCCAACAUAAGGAUGAGUAGCAGUAGUCGACAUGUUUAUAUCGCCAGUUUUACCAAUCCCUUUACGCGGCCUUGAGAGUUCCUUCCACCUGGGAGACAGCUGCCGGUGCUCCGGACAGACAGGGGGAGAGAGAGAGAGAGAGAGAGAGAGGAGCCUCCCGGAGCAGGAAGCCGCCGCGACUCCAACACACAGAGACGCGUCAAAACAACGACGACACACCAGCGCAGGAGCCUCCAUGAUGAAGCUGCAACACGCCUGCGGCGUCUGCGCGUCCGAGCCCUGGUGAGAGCCGAAGAACCCGGCUGGAGCUCCGAGUGCCGCGGUCGCAUGUGGAGAAUGCGGGAGCUGAAGGGCUGCGGAAUGCGCUCCUCGGUGGGCUUUCUGUCCCGCAGAGAGCUGACCGGGCAGCCGCUCAUGAAGGAGGAGUUCCAGCGACGCCGGCUGGCCGGCUGCACCAGCCUCUACAAGAAGGACAUGCUCGGCCAUUUCGGCUGCGUCAACGCCAUCGAGUUCUCCAACAACGGAGGGGAAUGGCUGGUCUCGGGUGGAGAUGACCGGCGGGUUCUUCUGUGGGACAUGGAGAAGGCCAUCCACUCCCGCUCCAAGCCAGUGAAGCUGAAAGGGGAGCAUCUGUCCAACAUCUUCUGCUUGGCCUUUGACAGCACCAACACCAAAGUCUUCUCUGGUGGAAAUGAUGAGCAGGUGAUUCUUCACGAUGUUGAAAGAAGGGAGACCCUGAACGUGUUCCUGCAUAUCGAUGCGGUCUACAGCCUGUCGGUCAGCCCCGUCAACGACAACGUGUUUGCCAGCUCGUCGGACGACGGACGCGUUCUGAUCUGGGACACACGGGGGCCGCCGCAUGGAGAGCCCUUCUGUCUGGCCAGCUACCCUUCGGCCUUCCACAGCGUGAUGUUCAACCCUGUGGAGCCGCGGCUGCUGGCGACUGCCAACUCCAAAGAAGGCGUCGGACUGUGGGACAUCCGGAAACCACGCAGUGCUCUGCUGCGGUAUGGAGGCAGCAUGUCCCUGCAGAGCGCCAUGAGCGUCCGCUUCAACAGCACCGGCACGCAGCUGCUGGUCCUCCGCCGCCGCCUGCCGCCGGUUCUCUACGAGCUGCACUCGCGUCUGCCCAGCUACCAGUUCGACAACCAGGGCUACUUCAACUCCUGCACCAUGAAGAGCUGCUGCUUCGCUGGUGACAAGGAUCAGUACAUCCUCUCUGGCUCGGAUGACUUCAACCUCUACAUGUGGAAGAUCCCAAAUCACCCUGAAGCAGGAGGCCCCGGCCGUGUGGUCAACGGUGCCUUCAUGGUGCUGAAGGGCCACCGCUCCAUCGUCAACCAGGUCCGCUUCAACCCUCACACCUACAUGAUCUGCUCGUCCGGCGUGGAGAAAGUCAUCAAGGUGUGGAGCCCGUACCAGCAGCCCGACAGCCUGGGAGACCUGGACGGGCGGGUGGAGGACAAGUCGCGGAGCCUGUACACGCACGAGGAGUACAUCAGCCUGGUAUUGAAUAGCGGCAGCGGGCUGUCGCACGACUACGUCAGCCAGUCCAUCCAGGAGGACCCGCGCAUGAUGGCCUUCUUCGACUCGCUGGUGCGGCGCGAGAUCGAAGGCUGGAGCUCUGACUCGGACAGUGACCUGAGCGAGGAGGCGCUUCUGCAGCUGCACGCCAGGGGGCGGCGUUCCGCCAGGCUCGCUGCCGCCGCCGCCGCCGCAGCAGAGGAGGAGCCCCCUGCAGCGGUGGCGGCGGAUCAGGACUCGGACCACUCCUCGUCCUCUUCCUCCCCGCGGCGGAGGCCCGCUCAGAGGCCGCAGUCCAGCCUCCUGCUGAACGAGGACUCGGACUCCAGCGAGUUCUGGCUGGACCCCAUGCCGCGGCCUCGCUCUCCCAGCCCCCGGGACAACUCCACACUGUCCAGUCCUCCAACCUCGCCGUCUCUUCCGCCCGCCGCCUCCAGCUCCUCCAGCUCAAGCUCCAGCUCCAGCAGCGGCGACGAGCAGCGACGCAGCGCCGUCCGCCGCCGCAACGUGACUCGGCGGCAGCGGCUGCACGUGGUGUCCCGCGCUGGGCAGCGGCGCCAGGCCGUGGCGGCGCUCUUCUCCGCCAGCGACCGGUGCUCCUACCCGUCCGUCUCCGCCGACGAGCUGCUGAGCUCCUCGGACGAAGAGCGCGCGUCUCCGCGCACCAGGGCCAGCGCCGCCGAAGAGCACGACACCUGCCUCAGCCCCUCGGACUUUGUGUGUUUGAGCCCCGACUUGUCCCCUGAGCGGCAGGAGGAUGAGGGUGCCGUCUGCAGGACAGAAGCGGAAGCGUCUUCGCUGGAGGAAAGCAGGACUGAAGGUGGCGCUGCGACGGACGACAGCUCAGACGCCCCCGGGGCCUCCAGCAGCUUCCGGGCUGCAGGUGGAGACGCGCAGCACCGGCGUGGCGCCGGAGUGAACGGACGGCACCGGACUGCCAACUCCUCCGAGUCCGAGACGGAAGUUCCCGCUGAGGAUCCCGGGACAAGUGCUGUCAAACGGACUUACUUGGGCUCAGAGGAGAGCAGGUCCCCGUCCUCGCCCUCCGAGAAGAGAAUACGGACCUAACGCUACUGUCGCGGCUCAGGCCGACGCCAGCGGGUGGCGCUCCUCCCGUCAUCUCUGUCGAGGUUAAACCUGAUGACGCUAAAGAACCGUGGAAAUUGGCGUGGAAAUGUUCAUCCUAAACGUAUUUAAUUUUCCUCGCUGACCGUCGGGCAACGUUCCAAAUCGAAUGUCCAGCUUUGAGUUAGAGCUGAGUGAACGUCUUGUUUAGUUUUAACUUGAACUGUUUUUGUUCCGUCUCAUUCUGAUUUCACAAUCAAGUUCAUCAUAGGAGCCGUUUUGUUCUCCAUUAAAAGCUUGUUCUGCAGUGAGCAGGAUGUGGCUGUGUCUCCGCGCGGCUCAGGUCUGGACCCUGUGAAGGUCCCGCUUCACGGCAGCCGAGCUGGAGCUGCCCUGUCUUGUCUGGC